AUGACCUGGUUCGAACGUUGUUCGAAACUCGAAUGUUAUCAUACGCCAUGCAAAAUAUGUGUGUGUGUGUGUCAUAUGGUGUGGGUGAUACAACUUUUGUGGCUGGCACAAAGGUCUAAGAUGCUGAAGGUGGACGAGACGACGAUGAAGGAACAACUGAAAGUUCUGCUCGAGAGGAACCUCAUCAAGGAACUCGAACCAGGCAGAUGGGUCCGCAAGGUCCUCGAUAAGAAAUCAGAGUUGAGGAUCGUGAAGAACAUGCCCUCACAAAUGGACGGUACCCGACCGAAAGUGGCCAUCAUCACUUCCAAGUAUUAUGAAAAGUUGGCUGUGGACGCUAUGAUGGAAGACAAGACGACUUUCGUUAAAUUCAAAACUGAAGGUGAAUCAAACGUAUACACGAUUGGAUUUAUUGCUGGUCAAAAGGUUGUGUCCACAAAGUUGCCUGCUAUUGGGAGGCAGAGAGCAGCUCAGAUAUCUUCUGGCAACACCACCACCAGACUGCUGGGCACGUUUGGAGAAAUUGAUCACGUGUUGCUGGUUGGCGUGUGUGGAGGAGUGCCUCACUAUGCAGAUUACUACAAACAUGUCAGACUCGGAGACUUACUAGUUUCUAGUCCAGUUGAUAAUUCAGUUACAUCAACAACGUCUGCAGCAUUCAACAACAACGCUUCAACAGCGAGCAACGAUUACUAUUACAUAUAUUGUGACAAAACGACCCAGGAAAAGGAAGAGGAUGAAUUGAAGUCAACACAAUUUUCUUUGAAGGGCUGGCGAGCGCCUGAUUCAACACUGCUGAAUGUUGCCAGAGACAUUGCCUCAACGAAAACAUCCAAUACCAAUGAGUUGUUGCCUUGGGAGAAGUAUAUCAUUGAAGGUCAGAAAAUUCUAGAAGGUCAAGAGGUCGAGUUCACGAGGCCACCCGAAGAAACAGAUCGACUGUUCAUGAAUGUUGGAGGCAAUGAUGUGAUUGAGGUUGGUCAUCCAGCUAUGCCUGAGCCAUCAAGCAAUGGCCCUCCAGGAGAGGUCCACAGCAAACAAGGAUUCCCAAUGAUUCGCAUGGGUCCCAUUGGGUCUGGAAAGCCUAUUGUGAACAAUGACCAGUUGAGGUUGGAGUUUGCCGCCAAGCAUCAGUGCAUAGGAUUCGAUAGCGAAUUUGAUCAGGUUCUUGAAUCGAUUGAUGGAAAUCGCAAGGACAGUUACUUACUGAUCAGGGGUGUGAGUGACUACCUGGAUGGUUCCACCAACAUUACGUGGCAGCCCUACGCAGCUCUCGUAGCCGCUGCAUUCAUGAAGUCAAUCAUUGCUGCUUUGUAUCAAUAAAUUUUGUCGCAUCCAUUUUCAUGUCAAAUAUAACAUUUGGUUACAAUGUUGAAUGUCUGCAUUAACGUGGUGUUCAGUUCAUUUAUGACCGAGUUUUAUCAAAUUUAUGAAUUUAAUUUAUUAUUAAGUUUUAGUUAUUAUAUUGUUUUCAUGUUUUGUUUUUCACCCAGUAUUCAUUCAUUUCUUGGUCUUACUAAGUUCAUAGGAGUUUUGUAUCUUUGUUUCGUUCACAUGCAACGUUUAUAAUGUCAUAUUUACCUGUUCUUUUUAACUCUAUUAAUAAGUCUAUUUUCGUUUAUUAAACGCUUUUAUUUUUAUACUUCUAUUCAAAAUAGUAUUGAUUAAUAUCCUUAAUGCACUCAUUAUGUAUAGCGCAUUG